UUUAUAUUUUGUACCUCUCUGGACUCUAGCUCAGUUUCUCUCUUGCUUUUAAACACAGUCAUUUUGUUUCUAUUGUCUCUUCAUUUUGAGUCACUCAGGGCCUCAAAUUUCCUCUCUUUUAAGUUUGCAAAGUCUCUGCAAUUCGUCAAUGGAAGGGUUUUGGGGUGGUGAAAGGAAGAAUCACAGAGUGAAGCAUCUUGCAUUCAAACAGAGGAGUAGAAGUUGUGUUAGCAUGUCAUCCUUGAGCAAAUUUGUGGAGUUUGACAAUGCAAAUGGUGAAAAGGAAGAGAGUGCUACCACUCUGAAGUUGAAAAGGCGAAAGCCGUCUGCAUCUUCCUGUGGUUAUAGAACUGAUAGUGAUGGUAGUCAGCAAACUCGUGUGCUGAGGUCAAGAAAUCGAGUGCAGGAAGUGGCUACUCCUACUUCCACACACCAUCAUCCUUGUACAGUCUUAUCUUGGCUGAUUGACAACAAUGUGGUUUUGCCAAGGGAGAAAGUGCGUUAUUGUAGUGCAAGGGGGAGUCAUGCUGUGGCAGAAGGAAAAGUAUGUAGAGAGGGGAUUGAAUGCAACUGUUGCCAGCAGGUUUUUACACUUGGUGGCUUUGACAGUCAUGCUGGCUGCAGUAACUACAGACCUGCAGCCAAUAUUUUUCUGGAAGAUGGAAAGUCUCUCCUAGAUUGCCAGAUGCAAAUUAUGACUGAAAGAGGGAAGAAGAGAUGCAGACUAGAACCACAUGAUGUGAUGAAGGGUAAUUUGCCUCGAAUAGAAAAUGAUAGCUUUUGUACAGUCUGUCAGGAUGGUGGUGAUUUGAUAUUAUGUGAUCGAUGUCCAUCAGCAUUUCACAAGAGUUGCAUUGGUUUCGAGGAUGUUCCAGAUGGUGACUGGUUCUGUCCAGCUUGCUGUUGUGUAAUUUGUGGCUGCAGCAUAAAUCCUACAAUCCAUUACCAUACCUGUGGUCAAUGUGAACGUAAAUAUCACACCAGCUGCCUGAGGAAAAGAAGCAUAGAUAAGUUAGAGAUGAAUCCAAAAGGAAAUUGGUUCUGCAGCAACAACUGUAAAAAGAUAUUUUUAGGCCUCCACGAGCGUUUAGGGAAACAAAUUUCAGUGGGUGUUGACAAUCUAACUUGGUCACUUUGGAAGUCUGUGAAAUCUGAUAGUGAUAAUCCUAAUGAACCUGAUAAUGAUGCUGCAACGGAGACUUAUACCAAACUCAAUCUUGCCCUUCAAGUGAUGCAGGAGUGUUUUAAGCAUUUUAAGAAACCUCACACUGGGGGAUAUCUUGCAGAAGAUAUCAUCUUCAGCAGAGGGUCACAUCUUGAUGGCAUGAACUUUCAGGGGUUUUACACUGUGCUUUUGGAGAAAAAUGACGCUUUAAUAACUGUAGCUACUGUAAGGAUCUAUGGAGCAAAGGUGGCUGAAGUACCUCUUAUUGGUACCAGAUUGCAGCAUCGUCAAAGUGGAAUGUGUCGUGUAUUGAUGCAUUUAAUUGAAAAGAUGCUUAUGGACUUGGGUGUGGAGAGAUUGGUUUUGCCCAUUGUCCCCAGAUCAGUAGGAAAAUGGAAUACUUCAUUUGGAUUUUCAGAUAUUAAAGGUUCUGAUAGGCUUCAGUUUCUGGAUUAUAGAUUCAUGCAUUUUGAGGAUACCAUUAUGUGUCAGAAAUGCUUAAAAAGGACAUAUCUAGCUGAACCAUGCCCAUCAAAAGGAAUUUCACUUGAUGUUGCUGGAAGUGUUGAUGAUAUUGAUUUUGAUGGGUCCAGCGUCCAUAAAGUCUCAUUCACAUGGAAAAUUUACAAUUUCUCUAGCCGUGGGAAGGAAUACUCUGAGACUUUCCUCACUGGUGAUUUGAGAUGGCGGAUGCUUAUGUAUCCAAAGGGCAACACUGUUGAUAACUUGUCGGUAUAUUUGGAUGUUCGAGGUGCCUCAGAAUUGCCACUUGGGUGGUCUAGAUGUGUGAAAUUCAGCUUGACUGUGGUUAAUCAACUUCAACACAGCCAGUCAAUAACAAGGGAAACUAAACAUAUGUUCAGUAAGAAAGUUAGUAACUGUGGCUUCACAUCACUAAUUCCUCUAGAUGAGUUACAUGACCAUUGUAAAGGAUUUCUUGUGAAUGAUACAUGUAUCAUUAUAGCCAAUGUUGCAGUCUGCAUGGCUCAAAUUAUGAUAUCAAAAGACCUAAAAAUUGGCAGCGCUACAUUGAGACCUGUGGAUUACUUAAAUCAGGAGCAUCAGGAGCAGGGGCCUCCUUUACAUAAAGGUUCCGUGAAAAUUUCAGAUCCUUCUUCAGCAGCGCACACGACCACAGGCUUUGAACAUGCAACUCCCUUCCAGGACACAGCAAGUUCUGAACAAGCUUGCACCAAUAUUCCUGGUAGUAGGACCUACCCUUCUUUAAAAUUGGAGUCUGUGGAAGUUCCAGAUAUUUUUGCAGCAGCAUGCAAGGCAACUAGCUUUGGACACAUGACUGCCUCCCAGGAUGCAGCAAGUUUUGAACAAGUCUGCAUCAAGCUCUCUGAUACCAGUACUGACCCUUCCCUCAAGAAAUUUGAUGUUGUGUCCUCCACAUCAGCUUCUGAACUCAUGACCUUCAGGGGCUUGGCGAAUAUAAAGAAAGAUUUUGUUCCCCUGCUGGAGGAAGUGUGUUCCAGGCAUCCUUCUUUCAUUGAAUGCCAAAAGGAGAGUAGUCCCCAGUUUACUGAAUGGGCAUUCACUGCCUUGGGAAAAGUUCUGCAUUUUUUGAAGACUAAAAAGGUCAAGGAUAUGACAACAUCUGUCUGUGAAGAUCUAGACCUUUUAUACAAGGAGCUGAAGGCCUUCAAAUUUGACUUGACUUGGCUAGAGCCUCAUGUUAAAACAGCUCUGGGUAGGAGUGAGUAUGUGGAAAGGGCAGCAGAGGUAAAGAGACAGAGAGAGAAUGUGAAGGCUUUGGAGAUUGACUCAAAGAGCCUUGAGGCUAAGCUUGUGGCAGCAAGAAAUGAUCUGAAAAAGGCUGAAGAAUCCUUUGAUGAGAGAAUUAUGGACAGCGAGUUAGGUUAUUCUCAUUGAUAAGUUCUCUCUUCACAUGGAAGAUAUGCAGUAUAACCAAAAGUUUGACUGUUGAUAACUUUCCCUAUUACUUCUAGGGAUUACUGAUUUUUCACAUGAACACUUGAACAGCUGUAGCAAAUGAAAUCAAUAGUCAUCACUCUUUG